ACUGCCUUAACAUUUUUUUCAGACUUUGAAGAGUGGAAAAUUUCUUACGAAAAAGUAAACCAUGUUCGUUAUGUAAUGAAUUGUUCGGAGCAGGAGCGACUAGAAAAACGUGUUCGAUAUUACCACUGCCAUCGCUCUUUCAAUUUCAAUUCUAAAGGAACAGGUGCCAGGUGUGUCAAAAGUAUGGGCACGAAUAAAAUAGGCAGUACUUGUCCAUCCAACAUGCAAGUGACAAUAACAGAGGACAAAUGCUGCUUAAAAUUUUUUCCAAAACAUGUGGGACACACCCAAGAUGUUGGAAGAACAUUUCUGCAUGGGAACGAGAGGGCAGAGUUGGCAGGACGGCUGUCACAGGGCGUUCCUGUUGGACGAGUCUUACAAGAUGUCCGAAGUGCACCAAUCGCUGCAAGUGUGGAGAGAAUCCAUCUCCUUGAGAAAAAAGAUUUGCAUAAUAUAAAAAGGGAUUUUGAUAUUGGUUAUGCAACGAAGAAGCAUGAAAAUGAUGCAGUGAGUGUGAAAUUGUGGGUUGAAGAAAUGAAGAGACAAAGUGACAACCCAGUACUGUAUUUCAAGCAGCAAAAACAAGUGGAUUCUAAUUUUCAAGAUGAAGACUUCAUUCUUAUUAUAAUGACAGACUUUCAGGCCGAACAACUUCUAAAGUAUGGAGAAGAUAAAAUAUGUGUGGAUGGCACUCAUGGCAUGACUGCAUACGAUUUUCAACUUUUUACUAUUGUCUUUGUUGAUAGAUAUGGUGCUGGAAUGCCAGUUGCAUUUUGUUUUUCAAAUAGGGGAGACAUGUGCUUACUGUCUUUUUAUUUCAAAUGUGUGAGAGAAAGGGUGGGCACUGUAAAGACCAAUGUGUUUAUGUCUGACGAUGCACCAGCAUUUUAUAAUGCAUGGUCAGCAGUAAUGGGACCUGUGCUAAACCAGUUGCUGUGUUCUUGGCAUAUACAAUGGAACUGGUCUCAGAUUUUAAGGAGAAUUUCUGGGGGUAGUGAGAAAAAAUCAGCAGUGUUCAGUUCACUAAAGCGACUUCAGACUGAACUGGAUAUAGAUGUUUUUAGUUGUAGUCUGGAGAAAGUGGUGGAAGACUUAUUGAAUGAUCCGGAUACUGCAGAAUUUGGCAGUGCAGACAAUGAAUAUGUGUCAGCAUUGCUUUCUGGCAAUUCAGAAAAAUCUGCUGACACAUUUGAACAGGAUGUGAUGUCUCACUGUGAAACUAUAGUUGCACUCAGCAAAGGAACACAGUGUGGACAGGAGACUAAGGCCAAAGUAUUGAAGGAUCUGAAGAAGAUCAUUGUGUUCAUCCCUGAGACGCUGGCUGAUUUAGACUGGCAAGUGGAGGCUGAGGGGCUAUUCCAGCAACAGCCUCCAGCAAUGUUAUCAAGAGUCGGCGCAAUAAAAAUGUAA